ACCAAAGGCGGAUGAUGAAGCAACGAGCCCGGAGGAGGAGGAGGAGAAGUCAGCAUACGGUAGUUGAGCGCUUGAGUUGAAGUGGCUCGAGCGUCGCGGCGAUGUCACUCGAUCGAUCAUGAGGUCGUCGCUCCUUCCUUCUACAGGCGCGCGUCGAUUCUGGGUUCCGUGAAACUUUGUGACGAUGCCCCGUCCCUUGUUACUUGCCUUUCUGUUGCUAGUCCUCAUUAUCACUUCCCAGUUUGAGUGGAAGCAACCCCUCGUGACUGACCUUGAACACACUCUGAGCGUUGCCCAGAAGCAAACCCGAGUUUCAGUGAGGCGAGAAGCUGUGAAAGAGAAGAAUGGAGCCAUGCUUAAUCGAAGCCUCUCAGUCAUGCCAUAAUGUGAAGUUUGUUUUUUCUGCCUUUCAUUUGGUUUUCCUUUUGCUGCCUGUUGUACGGUCUUAAUCAGUAUGCGAUGUACCCCCCAUGGUUAGUUCCAAUGGCAUUUAAAGUGAAGACGUAGAACGUGAAGUAUGACAGCAUAAUGCUCAUCGUUAUCUGUACCGGUGAUUUAUGUUGUUCUGUAGUUCUUUUAAGAGGGUUCUAUUUCACUUUAUAGAAUCCGUGCAAUGUCUGUUUUGUUGAUAUUGAUGCACCAUCUUGCUCUUUGAAUGGCAAGGUUGCGAGUCAAGUGGAUACUUAACAUUAUAUUCUUAUAGUCUUUCUCUUCCCAGCUUUCAGGCAGAUGUCCUUCUUUCUUCCCUCUCUUUUGCUAGUCGGUCUUUGUAGCCCGGACUAUUUUUGAAUCAAUGCUCAUAACUUGUGUAUCUGGCCCCAUACUUGCAAAAGACCAAACCAACUAAAUCAUGUCUUCCUUUGCACCUCGGAAUGUGUUACUUCCAUAAAAGAGUGCCCUAAAAAUUGCAUCUUCUAUUUUUUUCAUGAGGAUGCUUUGGCCAUGGACAGUAUAGCCUCAAUUUUAAUGGCUGAUUUGGAAAGAAAGUGUCAUUUAAAUGUAGGGAUCAAGUGUAAUUAUGAAUGGCUUGUUUUGAAGAUAACAGAAGGAAUUCUAUUGUUAUAGGCAGAACGUGGACUUUUCAACCGUGGAUGCUUGCUAGAAAGUCAGCCUUUUUUAAUCUGUUGUCAAACUUCUUGGUAAAACUGAUUUUCCUGAAGCAAAACCAUCCAGUUUGUAUUUAGGAAUGAUCUCUUCUCCCCUUGAAAGAUUCAAAAUGGGGAGAUUUCUCCAACAAGAAGAAACUUCUCCGAGCUUAACUCAGUUUUGCCCACAAUUCACCAAUUGCCAAAUUUCGACGGCUCAAAGCUCUUUUCUUUUCUGCUCCUAGAAACUCAUUCAGUCCCAAAUCAAUUGCUAUUUGGCCUGUAAAAGUGGUUGAUUUUUUAUUUGAUUUCUUUCAGGUGUUUGCAGCUCCUUUCUAUCUCGUCUUCAUUGCACUUUCGGGUCAUCUGGAUAUCAAUCUGCUAGUUUGCUGCUGAAUUAGAGAUAUCUUCUAGUCCUUGCUUUAUUUUGUAAUUGUAGUUGUUGUCGCCUU